AGCGGCAGUUUCCCGUCAGUGGUUAUCAUAAUGGUGGAAAUAAAUGGCAGGCGGGUGGCGGUCGGAAAACUGUUCAGUUUAAGAACCCAUGCGUCACGGGCGGGAUGUGGUGCGGGGGUGGCAGCGCUUACGGGCCAGUUUUCGUGUCGCCGACUAUAAUACCUUAAUUAGGCACUGAUCGUUAAGUGCGAACGCGUGAAAUAUAACACAACCUAUCUUGAUCGUUUCUAGAAUAGCUGACUUAUCGACUCAUCUGCCGAUCCCUUUCCGGCCGUUCGUUUAUUUACCGGCUCGGUUUUUGUUAAUAAUCUGAAACCGACACAAUUUAUCCAUCAAACCGGAUAACAGGUGGCCUAGUAUAGUCUAAGUAUGUUCGUAGCGACCGUUAUUUUUGUACUGACCGUAGUUGCCACUACGACAAGUCUCUCCAAACACCCUUUGGUUCUGUUAAUGUCGUUCGACGGUUUACGGCCGGACUACGUGAGCGAAAAUUUGACUCCGAACUUGGCAAAGUUUAGAGCGACCGGAGCUGUGCCACCUUAUAUGCGCAACGUUUUCCCCACCAAGACGUUCGUCAACCACUUCAGCAUAGCCACCGGUCUAUACCCAGAGGUCCACGGCGUCCUCGACAACCACAUGUACGACGAAGAGUACCACUUGAUGCAUAACACCUACGAGCAAUUUCACUACAACGACCGAGUUGUUCCGAUCUGGACGGAAAACGAAUUCAACGGCGACGGACGACACAGCGGUGUAAUGAUGUGGAUCGCUUCGGAAUUCGCUUACCAGGGAAAAAUGCCUACCCACAUCGCCAUGUACAACAGGACAAUGUCAUGGACGUCCAGAUUAGACCAAAUGCUUUCUUGGUUUAAAGACGAUAAGAAACCCGCCAAUUUGGUUUAUGCGUACUUUGAACAACCCGAUAAAGUGGGUCACAUUUUCGGUAUACAUUCGCCCGAAAUUAAAGAACAAACUGUUAGAGUAGACGCGACGGUCAAGUAUUUAAUUGAUCUCAUAAAAAAAGAAGGACUGGAAACGAAAAUCAACUUAAUAAUUGUCAGCGACCACGGAAUGGAAUCAGUUGCUUACGACCACUUGAUCUAUUUGAAUAAGUACGUAGACACAACGACUUUCACCAACAUCUCGACUGGACCGAACAUGUUCAUUCACCCGAACCCUAAUAAAUUCCUGGAAGUUUACAAAAACCUGACUGAGAUGGCUAAUGCUACAGGACAGUUUCAUGUUUACACAAAAGAAAAUGUAUUGACCAGGUGGCACAUGAACAACUCGGCCAGACUUGAAGGACUAAUUUACUUAUUGGCCGAACCAAAAUAUGCUUUUUCGGAUACAUACAUUGAAAAUAACUUUAAAGGAAGAGAUAUAUCCAAAGCCGAAGUAGGAGUCCACGGAUACGACAAUCAAGAAUCUUCGAUGCAUGCCUUUUUUAUGGCCCAAGGACCAGCGUUUAAGAAAAAUUUUACAGCGACCCCUUUCGAUAACGUCGACUUGUUCCCGCUUGUCGCUCACAUAUUAAACAUAAAACAGUUGAGCAACCACGUACCGACCAACGGUACAAUUACUAAUGUCCAACCGUUAUUGUCAGGCAGCCAGGAUGUAUCUAUAUUGCUUUACAAUUUAGCUUUUAAAAAGGACACAAUUUCAAAGCACUUGAAAACGGCACCAAUAUCCAAUGCCAUGGAGAUCUUCUAUUACCCACGACUGUUUAUCAAUACCUUCAUAUCUCAACAUUUUGAUUGA